AUGGAGUUGGGUGCUGUGCUAGACGAACGCACAGGAAAGGUGUUGGUUGUACAGGACAGAAACAGGACUAUAAAUGCGUGGAAGUUUCCAGGAGGUCUGUCCGAUCCAGGCGAAGACAUCGGAGACACAGCAGUUCGAGAGGUUUUUGAAGAGACUGGCAUCAAGUCAGAGUUCAAGUCCAUCCUAAGCAUAAGACAGCAACACAGGCACCCCGGAGCCUUCGAGAAGUCCGACAUGUACGUCAUCUGCCGCCUGGAGCCCUCCUCCUUCCACAUCAGCUUCUGCCAGCAGGAGUGCCUGAGGUGUGAGUGGAUGGACCUCGAUCAGCUGGCUAAGACGAAACACGCUACCCCCAUCACCAGCCACGUAGCUAAACUCUUACUUUACGGAUACCGGGAAGGGUUUGAGAAGAUCGAUAUAACCAUGAGAGAGUUUCCGGCUGUCUACGCAGGCCUGUUCUACAAACUGUACCACAGGGAGCUGCCCGAGUCCUAUAGAAACAUGACGUGAUAGCAAUACAUUUCACAUUUCGUUAUAUUAAUAAUUUAUCGUUAUUACUGUAGUGUUAUAUAGACCAUUAAAAUUAUCCAUGGACUUCUUUUU